AUGCAGCCAAACAAUCCCCCCAACAAUGUCGUUGGAGAGCUGGAUCCAAACAAAACUCUCCAAGUUGAGCCAGCUCAUCAUCAAAACCAGAGUGGCUGCGGGAAAACAGUUUUCUUUGGCGUCUCUUCGUCAUAUGUCCCAGACUGGGAUACCCGGGCCGCGUUCAGGGAGCUCUAUCAGAAUUGGAGAGAUGCCAUUUUGGCACGUUCCAACUUAGGCCGUCUCGACUUUCAGCCAUUUUAUGAAGAUAGAGGCGAUUGUGUUGCGAUCAUCGUCCCUGAUCUCUCAGAUCGACAUCGACAAGGUCGUGCUUUGGGAUUCAUCAAGUAUAACAAGCACAGCGGUUGCGUGACAAUCUCCAACUCCUGCGCUGAACUAGGUCUCAACGCACUUGAACUCGGUAGCUCAUCGAAGCAACAUAAUUCUAACUCCGCUGGCUGUCAUAGAGAGGGUCUGAAGCUAGCAGCUCUGGUGAUAGUGCGCAGUGGAUUCGAGGUGGAAUUAUCUGCUAGCAGGCGCUACUAG